AUGCCGGCCUCCCUCGGAAAACGAAAGCGCACAUCGGCUACUACUCUAAUCAGCUCGAAACUUUUAAAAGUAUCUAAAACUACGCCCAUAAUACCAGAACCUAUACCUGAACCUCUAUCAGAAGAAGAAGCUUCCGAUAGCUCUCCAGAUGACGAUGAUGAUGAAGACGAUACAGAACCCCUCGAACCCCAAGAAAUAUUCCGUCGUCACUUCGAAGCACAGUUUAAACCACUUUCUCCUACAAUCCAAAAAUCUAAAGCUAGUAAAACAAUCGAUGAUGCAGAAAAUGAGGAGGUAGACGAUUGGGAAGGCUUAUCGGGGAAUUCCUCAGAGGACGACGAAGAAGAGGAAAAUGGGGUGCAAAUAGUUGAACACGUAAAGAAAGUCGAUUCACGGAUCGCAGGGAUGAGUAAAGCGGAAUUAAGGGCAUUCAUGGGGAAAAAUCGUUUAAAAGCGUUGGAUUUACGUGUGCAAGCGUUAGGUGGGAAGACUAGUAUACAUAAACAGGAAAGUAUGCCGAUGGCGAUGCGGAAGGGGAUAGUGAAGAAGGCGGAGGAGAAAGAGGAGAGGAGGAGGAGAGAGGCGAAGGAGAAUGGAGUCGUGCUUGAGACGAAAGGUGGGAGGGGAGGGGGGAGUGGUGGGAGGGAAAGAAGAAAGGAGAGGAGUGGUGUUGGAGGGACUUUUGAUGGGGGACCAGGGGUGGGAAGAAUGAGAGGUGCGACGUUGAGUUUGAGUAAGAGUGAUGUGGUGGGGAUUGAGGGUAGUAAGCGGGGUGGAGGGAGGAUGGGUAGGAAUGGAAAGAGAGGCGGCAGGGGGAGGGGAAGAGGGAAUAGGAUGUAG